CCCACUUCUUUGUUUAUGUCGCCUUCCACGUAACGUUUAGUGACUGCGGUGCUUGGUGGCUGUACGGCGGCUAGAAGGCUGUGUAGUCAAAACAAGAACUAGCAUUCAGUUAAACGCUGGUGGAGUUAGCACAGUUAGCUUGAGAGUUAGCCUCCACAGAAAACAGCCAUUUAAAAUCCAUCUUUUAUAUGAGCGGCUCAUUCGUUGUUAACAGUGUUGUUAGAGCUGUAAUGGUGACUUAGUCUGCAUGACUGUUACUACGUUGAUAAGCUUAGGCCAGCUGGAAGACAGACAGCAUGGGUCGGCGCUCAUCGGACAGCGAGGAUGACAGUCGGAGCAGGAGGAAGAAAAAACAGCGUCGCCGGUCAUCCUCCUCUUCCUCUUCUUCGUCCUCAUCCUCCAACAGCAAGGUGGUCAGCAGCAGGAGUCGAAGGUCGAGUCGUCGUUCUCGCUCCAGAGACAAGGACAAGGACAAAGACAGGAGGAGAAGGAGACGUUCCAGCAGCAGUUCAUCCCACAGUUCGUCUCGCAAGAGGAGGAGUCGCAGCAAAGAGAGAGACAAAGGGAGGAGCCACCGCUCACAUAGGUCCCGCAGCCGAGACAGGAGGUCUCAUUCUCGCCACCGGCGGUCUCGCAGUAAGAGCGGCAGUCGCGGCCGACGAGGCACCCAAAGCCGCAAAAGAAGCAGCAGCCGCAGUCGCCGGAGGAGCCGGAGCCACAGCAAAGAUCGGGACCGGAGCCGGCGCAAGGGCCGCGACCGGGAGAGGGAGAAAGACAAGGAGAGGGACAGAGGAAGAGACAGAGACAAGGACAAGGACAGAGAGGACAAGAGGAAGGACAAAGCAGUCAAAAAGGCGGACGCCGCGAACAUCAAAGCAAGAUUAGAACAUCUGACUCCAGCGGAGCAGGCUAAAGUCCGAAUGCAAUUGGUCCUGGAGGCUGCAGCUAAGACGGACGAGGUGCUGAAAGCCAAAGUAGCAAAGAGGGAGGAGGAGGCCCGGAAGAAACUAGAGGAUGAGGGAACUUCUCUGGAGGAGCAAGUGCGAAGGAUAAAGGACAUUGAGGCUAUCGAGAGUGAUUCCUUUGUUCCUCAGGCUUUCAAAUCAUCCAGGGAUGAUAUAAAGACUGAACCAGCUGAGGUUAAACAGGAGCCAGAGGGUGCAGAUACUCAGGACGUCGCUAUUCCCCUGUCCAUAGUCUACAAUGACAAUGACACGCUCGCCCAUCCCAGUUUGUUCAUGGACAAGGAGAAGGCAGAGGAGCUGUGGCACAACAGAUUGAUAUUUCUGCGGCAGGAGAGGCUCAUGGGAAGUCCUGUGACCUUGUGACCUGAUGGACAUCAGAAGAUCCGCCAUGUUCACCGGAGCAGUUUAUGCUGCUUUUAUUUUAUCUCAGUCUUGUUUUAGCACAUCACAAUGUUUAUUACUUUACCAUUCAUCGAACUUCUCCUCCUUUUGUAAAAACUAAGGAGAGUGACUUGAGCAAAUGAACAGAUUUUGGUCCUGAUGUGCUUAUUAUUUUAUUAAUGUAGUUCAAUUAAAUUAUCUGCCUUUCUUAAUCUGACUUCAUUUAUUUUUAAUGAUGGAGAGAUCUAACAGUCAGAUAUGGUGAUAAGUUUUACUAUUUAGAUGUAGCAUUUAUACAUUUUGUCUUUUGUAAUCAACUAGUUCAAUAAAGGUGGUAGAUUUUUU